AUGAAACCUUCGACAGCCCUCUCCGUCCAUCAUCAACUCCACGACAAACAAGUAGGUGAAUUCAUCACUAAUCUUCCUCAUUUGCAUCACUCCAAAUCUUAUCCCAUCUUGUUGCGAUCUUCCAAUCAAUGCAAAUAUACGUUUGUUGAAAACACUUGUUUCAUUGAACAAAAUCGAAAUUCCAACUCUGAAUACGGAAAAAGAGCUCGUUCCCCUCAUGCAGAGAAGAUCACAUGGAUGGUCAUGGGAACGAAAUGGGGUCUCAUCAUUGGCGAUUCAAUUGAAGAAUCUUGCCAAGCUCUUGAAGAUGAUUCCAACAAAUCCAAGUUUGUCAAGUUGAAUGACAAGACCAUUCUCCACAUUCAUCACUCUCUUCAUAAUUCCAACUGCAAAUAA